AUGGAUCCUAAAGAAGAGGCCAUACUGUUAAAAAUAUAUGAAGAAUUGGAGCAAGAGGAUUUGUUACUUGAACAGACGCAAGAGAAAAAUUUGGACGAUGAAGAAAGCGACAUAGAUUCAGUAGAAGUCAGUUCUAAUCAUGAGACAGACUCAGGGUUUUCGGCCGAUGAUACGACAAAUACUAUUUCAACGUUUUGUUUUGAAGAUGGUCCCAAAUAUAUCAGCAGAGACAAAAAAAACCAUUUGGAAAGUUCACCGAGUUUAUUUUUGUUGCAGGUGAAAAUAUGGUUCCAAAAUCGAAGAACAAAGUGGAAAAAGAAUGAUAAUGUGUCAAACAUUGAGGCUGCCGAGCACAAGAACGUCAGUUCAAAACCAGAAGAGCUUCGCUCACGGACGAAGCACAGCAUGACCCAUAGCCAAAGUUCAAACUCCAGCAUCGAGAGCGAUACGAAGAGUUCGAUAGCGUCCGCCAUCGUGGAUUAUUCUUCAGAUAAAAACUUCAAAGAUAUACUCACGGCCAACCACCCUCCCUCGCCCAGUCCCCAAUUACCGAAUCAACCAAAUCAGAUAACCACGAGAGACGUUCCAUUCAAUUCUACGUUUGUUAGUCAAGAGCAAUCCUAA